GAUUCGAAGAAAGUGACCUUGUUCGGUUUAAGUGCUGGCGGUGCAAGCGUGCAUUAUCAUUACUUAUCGCAACUGAGCGCAGGGCUCUUCCAAGGUGGCAUAUCGUUUAGUGGUACAACGUUUAAUUGUUGGACGCAAACUGAAAACUCUUUAGAGAAGGCCAAGAAAUUGAGUGCUUUGAUGGGAUGUCCUACAACUUCUUCCAGAGAGAUGAUACGUUGCUUGAGAUAUCGUCCAGCUCGCGCGAUGGUUCAAGCUACAAGUGAAUUUAUGACGUUCUUCUAUACACCCUUUACUCCUUAUGGUCCGGUAGUUGAAAGGUUUGGUGACGAAGCACCUUUCAUCGAUAGAACACCCAUUGAAAUCGUAAGUAGCGGAGAUGUACAGGAUGUACCUUGGGUUACGGGAGUAACGAGCGAAGAGGGCCUCUAUCCUGUAGCUG